CUGGUCUGCUGCUGGCAUCAUCAGUUCACAUGAGAUGACAGGAAGUAAUCCUGCACAGAACAGGAAGUAAAUUAUUAUUAACGUUAUUAUUAGUCGUACGAUUAUUAUUACCUGGUUUCCUCUCAAAGUGAUGAGAAGACAAACAGUCGGUGUCAGUUCAGACACGCAGAAAAUAAGAUAAAUAAAAUGAAAAUAACUUGAGUGACUCAGAAGAAGUAAAAGCAGAGUUAAAGUGAAAGCAAAAGGAGAAAGAGAAGAAAAGAAGUGGAACAAACAGUAUUGGAGAGGACACAGGUCCGGGGAACACUUUACUGUCGACCACAGAAGAAGAGCUGAGUCAUCACUUUCACAACCAGACGGAGACGCCUUCCUCUGGAACGUCCUCAGACCGAAGGAACCACAGACACUGAACAUGUAUUUCACCUGUUAUCUGACACACACGAUGUUCAGUGAAACACAGCACGAGGUCACAUUAAAAACACGCUGCAGUUUGAGGAGAGGAACGUUGCUGAUGUGGAACCUGCAGGAGGCUAACUGCAGGAGGCCAACUGCAUGAACUGAAUUCAGAGGUCAAACCUGGUCUGACUAACAGAGGCAGAGUUUUAUUUUGGAGGUGAAACAUGUCGGCUUCCUCUCCUCAUCCACAGCUGGUCUGUGUGCAGUUAUAAAAAGCCUGACGUUGCUGGACUGUAACUGGACUCCUGCAGGCUGCAGGGCGAGCUGCUCACGACCAUCACCACUAUUCUUAGACCUUUUGUUUCCUGACGGCCGUCGGCCAUCGCACUGACGACAUGUGGAAGGUCAAACCUCCAGUUGAUUUUCCCAUGGAGACGAGGUACCGGCCCAUUUUGGAGAGCCUGGUUCCUCCUGACCCCAUGUCCCAGUUCCACCUGAAGAGGGGUUCCCCUGAGGAGGAGUUCCCUGACCUGUGCAGGAACUCUACCUGGAUGGGACGGAUCCUCACACCGGCCAUGUACCGCCGGCAGUUCCACCGCUGCACGCACAGCGGAGUCAUCUUCGAUGAUGUCAUCCGCCCCGGCCUCGAGGAGCCAGGUGACUGGUCGGGUCCUGUAUCCGUGGGGUGUGUCGCGGGCGACGCCCAGUCCUACAUCCUGUUCUGUGACUUCUUCGACCGAGUCAUCGAGGCGCAUCACGAACACAAGAUCACCAACCAGACGCCAGAGAGCGACUUCAACUACGACAACCUGAAGGGGGGUGAUGACUUGGACAGGUCGUACGCUGUACGCUGUGACGUGAGCAUUGUUCGCGCUGUUGAAGACUUCUGUUUCCCGACACACUGCAGCCGUGGCGAGCGCAGACAGCUCCUCACACUGGCCAGGAGAGCUCUGCGGCGGCUGGACGAGGAGGAGCUGCCGGGUCAGCUCCUCUUACUGGAGGAACUGAACCAGGAGCAGCAGAGGGAGCUGAACCUGAACCCUCCAUCUUCCUCUCAGCUUCGUACCGGGGUGGCCCGAGAUUGGCCCGACGCCAGGGCAGUCUGGGUGAGUAAAGAUGGCAGCCUAGUGGUCUGGGUCAACAUGGAGGAUCACCUCAGACUUGUAUCCGUACGAGAUGACGCCAACAUUGCAGAGGCCUUUAAAUGCAUCUGCAUCAACCUGCAGAAGCUGGAGGACUUGUACAGAGACCUCAGACACCCGUUCAUAUGGAAGCAGCAGCUGGGGUGGGUGACCAGCUCUCCGGCGGAUGUGGGUACAGGUCUGAGGAUCAGAGUCCACCUCAGACUGCAACACCUUCCCAAACACAAACGGCUGCAGGACGUCCUGAAAAGACUGAGGAUCCGCAUGGACGAAACAGAAUCCCCGGCGCUGUAUCACGUGAGCAACGCGGCGACCUUCGGUUUGAGCGAGGUGGUUCUGACCCAGCUGGUGGUGGAUGGGGUCAAACUGCUCAUCGCCAUGGAGAGGAGGCUGGAGGGGGGCCGAGACAUCGAUGAACUCGUUCCUACGCAGAAGUAGACCUGGAUGAUGACCGGCUGGAGCGAGGAUGAGGACAGACGUACCGACCAAUCAGAUGGAAGUGUAUAACUCUGUCCGUCACGCUGAGAGCCUCUGUUAAAUUAUUGAGUCUGGUUGCUGUUAGGGUUAGGGUUAGGGAUUCUGCCUGAAUCCAAAAGCUUUUAGAGUCACUGGACUCAAACAUUCAGCAUCUUUUCUAACAGCUCAUGUUUUUAAAAUCUUCAUCUGUCUCUUUUAGUUCUCAGGAGAUAAUUCAAGAUUCUGUGAUUGUGAUUUCAUCAUCAGAUAGUAUUGUUUAACACAUCUCAUUUGCUUACAAUCAUUUUACUUAAGAACUAACAGAAUUUGCUUAAAUCUUUAAUUUACAUGUGUGUGUUUGUUGGAUCAAACAGAUUACAGAUUUCAUCGUGCUGCCAUUAGUUCGGAAGGAAACAAGCAUUAAAUGGAAAUAUUACAGGACUCAUAGUGAAGCAUUCAGAGGCUUUAGUCACUGAGACAAACACUUUGACUCCUUCAACGUCCUCAUCGUAUUACUGACUCCACAGUCAAAGUAAUGAGUCACACAGGAGAAAUUCAAUUAGCAGAACAUGAACAUGAAGCUGUUAGCGCUCCUGUUCAACAUUAGCAUCACGCUGUCAGACAACAAGCUACACAGGAACAUUAGUGCUAGCAUUAGUGCUAAUUGUUCGCUCUGUCUCAAAACUCUCAUUUCCUGCUGCUCACAUCAACGCACGACAUGCAAACUGUUAGCAUGUGAACAUACACGCGUUAGCAACAAAGCUAAGGCCCUCUGCAAGUCUGCUUAGCAUGCUAGCUAAUCAGCUAGCAACAUUUAGCUAGCUAUCUUAACUAAACACAUGAAAAAUUAAUGUAAGAGCGGCGGAGUUAAACUGAGUGUAAACUCACUAACAGGCAGCGAUGGAGGAACUCAGAUCUUUUGUUUUAGGACUGAAGCAACACUGAGAAACAUCUGGAACACAUUCAGAAGACUUCAGAAUAAUAUAAAUACUAUUACUGCAUUCACGUGUUCAUUAAUGUUACAGCUGGUGAAGGCGAGGCUUUAAGCACUUUUUAAGUACUACAUAUUACACCCAAUAAAUUAAUUAAGUCUCCUCUAUAAUGAUCUAUGUUAGAACACGGCACUUCUAAAUACUCGAUUCUGAUUAGUCAAUCGCUAAAAUUGAGCGGUGUUUAUUUCUCACCUGCUCAGGAAUUCCUACCAGUCAGAGACUAAAGGGUCAAUCCCUUAAUGUACCAAGAUCAAGAACAAAUCAGCAGCUGGUUUGAGAGGCAACAUAUGGAGCAUUUUCAGGACAUUACUUUAAAUUUGUUUGGAGAGGACAAAACACUUGACGUGUGGCUGGAGAAUGACAUGUCCCCAGCAAAAAAGACGAGAAAAGUAAAGAACAACGCUGAACCAACAGGAGAAGCGAUAUUAAGGCACAAGAGACUCGAGGACACAGAGACUGACCAGACCGAAGAGGACAGACAUGAAAAUACUGGCUUACUAGUAACAUAAGUUAUCAAAUCAAUGUAAUGGAGUAAAAGGUACAGUAUUUCCCUCUAGUGGAGUAUAAGCAUCAAGUGAGUAUAUGAAUUAACUGAAUACUGUGCUAAAGUACUUGAGUAACUGCAGCCGACUGAUUUACUUUCCUCCGCUGAGCAGAACACACGCAGUUUUUAACGUUAGCUCAGAUUUCUGCUCCACCGCUCAUCAUGUUCUGACAUCACAGGUUAGAGCAGGCAUGUCAAACUCAUUCCAUAAAGGG